AUGACUGAGGAUCCAGAUGAUAUCAUCGAAGCUAAAGCUGAAGAGAUUCUGCCUUUUCUGCUCUUCAGCGCUGUAAAACUCAACCUCAUCUUGGUUCUGUCGCUGUCCAUGGUGCAUACCUUUUGGUGUUACCCAGUUUUCUCUUCUAAGGUGACUGGGAAACCUGAUUACUUUCUCAUCCUACUGAGCAGCUGCCCAACCAGGCUGGAGGGGAGCGACGGACCAGCUUUUCUAAAGCCAAUUUUGGAGAAGACAUCGAUGAAAAGGUCCUUUCGCAACGGAGUCGGCUCAGGGGUGAAAAAAACUUCAUUUCGAAGAGCAAAGCAAUGAAUAAGUGUGCAAAGGACUCUGGGAAUUAAUCUCAAGCUAUGUAGAGUGUGACUGAUGUGCUAGAAAGCGGUUGUAUCUUACCAUGAGCUGUUGCUUCCCUCAUCCUCAGACGAGGCCCUCUUAUCCUAACCGACUCCGAGUAAAUUAAGUUUUGGGGGAAAAAAUGCAAACCUGUCUCAAACUUCCACCUGUGAGUGGAAAACGAUUUCUGUGCUUAGCUAGUUACUUCCCCAACUGCAGAGGGACACGCUGGCUUUGAUCUUGAGUUGGCCGCAAUGCGUGGGCGUUUUUUACUGUCAUAUUUGUGUGAU